AUGAUAUUUCCGCUGUCUAAGUCGCUUUCAAUCAAUGGAAUUAAGGUAUCAUGGAUCCGUCACCGAGACUUGCACAUCCUGACUGUUGGCGGGUACACGUACACGUCGGACCAACGCUUUCAGGCGACUCAUUCGGCGCAGACCGACGAGUGGACGUUACAAAUCAAAUGGGCCCAACAAAGAGACGCCGGCGUCUACGAGUGCCAGGUCUCCACCCAGCCGGUGCGCUCCUUCUUCGUCACACUACACGUAGUUGAUUGCGACGAGAUCUACCAGAGGAUGUUUUCAGAUGGAGGUCUGUGCGUGUGUUUUUACUGC